AGCAGCAGACGACAGCCCAAUUUCUCUAAGCGGCGCCAGCUCAGCAAACAAACCAUAUAUAUAUAUGCAUGAUGAUGGCUUGAUGCCGCAACGAAUGAUGACGGCGUUUUUUUUUUGUUUAAAUUUGCGUCCCCCAACGAACGCCGAGACUCAAAAAACUCGACGAACCGAUGAACAGAAGAGCGUGGAUGUGACCGUCCACCGGAUUGGCAGCACCUUAUGUAGAUCACUCCAACGUCUUUCCCGCUCGCUGGAUGUACGCGUCUACACAGCGACCCGCCAACCUUCUCUGCUCGCCCACCAUGCAUACUUACAAUACUACAGUGGAUCGAGUAUAUAAGCACACAGCACAGCUCCCAGGCUUCCAUCGUAUCCCCUCUCAUUAAUUCCAGCUCCAACAUCUCUCUCCUAGCUACAUCUCUCCACUGUCUGUUUGCCUGUCGAGGCCGGGCGCCAGCAGCAACAAUGGCGAGGAUGAUCAGCCGGCCGGCCGUCCUCCUCUCCCCCCUGGCCAUGAUCGUCGUGGCCGCCGCCGUCAUGGCGCUGGCACCGGCGCCGGUGGCCGCGACCAAGUACAACAUCACCAAGAUUCUGGCGCCCUACAAGGAGUACUCCAAGUUCAACGACAUGCUGUCCAAGACGCGCCUCGCGUACGACAUCAACCGGCGCCAGACCAUCACCGUGCUGGCCGUCGACAACUCCGCCAUGUCGGCGCUCGACCACUACUCGCUGCAGACCAUCCGCCACAUCCUCGAGCUGCACGUUCUCGUCGACUACUACGGCGACAAGAAGCUCAAGAAGCUCGCCCAUGGCUCCACCGCUUCCUCCUCCAUGUUCCAGGCUACCGGGUCGGCGUCUGGCAUGUCGGGGUACGUGAACAUCACCCGGAAGGACGGCAAGGUUAGCUUCAUGACGGAGGACGCCGACGACACCGCGAAGCCGUCCCGGUACGUCAAGUCCGUCAAGGAGUUCCCCUACGACAUCGCCGUGCUCCAGGUGAGCUCCAUCAUCUCGUCCGCCGAGGCCGAGGCGCCGGUGCCGCCCCCGGCGCCCGUGGACCUCGAGGAGCUCCUAUCCAAGAGGUACUGCAAGUCCUUCGCGUCCCUGCUCUCCGCCAACGCCGAGGUGUUCCGCGCCGUGAACGAGACCAAGGACAACGGGCUGACGCUCUUCUGCCCCGUCGACUCGGCCGUCGCGGCCUUCGCGGCCACGUACAAGAACCUCACGGCCAAGGCCAAGGCGGCCAUCCUCCUCUACCACGCCGUGCCGGACUACUUCUCGCUGCAGCUGCUCAAGUCCAACAACGGCAUGGUCACCACGCUGGCCACCGCCAGCGACAAGAAGAUGGACUACAGCUACGACGUCAAGAACAAAGGCGAGACGGUCACGCUGCAGACCAGGGUCGUCACGUCCAGCGUCACCGCCACCGUUGGCGACAUGGAGCCGUUGGCCGUGUAUGCCGUGAACAAGUUCCUGCAGCCCAAGGAGCUCUUCAAGGUCGUCGAGGCGCCCGCGCCCGCGCCGGAGCCGUCCAAGAAGAAGAAGGCUGGUCGCGGCGGGAGUGACGACGAUUCCUCGGACGAUUCGGGAGAUUCGACCGCCGAUGCUGAGAAGGGCGACGCAGCACCGGCUCUGCUCGUGCGAUGGCUAGUCACCGCGGUCGCGACAGCGGGAGUUGCAUAUGCCCUGAUGGGAUAAACUUCUAUCAGUCACCUGAAUUAUAUUCGGACUUUCAUUUGAUUUGAGUAUUCUUUUUCUUUCAGUGUUAAAUUUGUUUUCACUUAUUAUAAUGGUGCUCUCGAUCGGUUAAGGUAUAUAAACUAUAAGAGUUUAUUAUAAGCUUUUUAUCCAGGCCAAUCAUGCAGAAACAGAUAUAUAGUUCAAACACAUUGCUUCCAACGCAAA